UCUCUCCCCCGCUAAAAGGGGGUGCCUAAGAUCCAGAAUUGCCAUCGCCUCGCAACCGACCGAAAAGCUGUGAAUCCAAAAGCGAGGAAAAUACGCCAGACAUCGGGAAGCUGCUUACGAUUGGCCACUCAUCAACCACCGCCAUCGCCACCGCCACCCCCCUCUGUCGCCCUCUCUCUCUUCUCUUCCGAUCUGCUCUCUCACUAAUCCGCGAUCUUUUCUUUUUCCUUUUGAUUUUUAUCAGAGGUAAGCUCUCUUGAUCGAUCUAGAUCUUGGUCGUUUCUCUUUGAUCUACAAUUCACGGCGGGAUACCAUGAACUCCAAUUACGGAAAAACCACUAACUCCCAAAGAGGAGGAGGAUCCGUUCCCCUCAACAACUACCAGUUCGAUUUCGGACUCGGAUCCAGCCGUUCCCGCCCUCUUAACGACCAGAAGCAGCAGUCUUCUCAUUCUUCUUCAUUUUCUGCGCCGCAAUCCCACCCCUGGCAACCCAACAAGCCCUCAUGGACUCACCAGCCCGCACCGACUCAGACGACUCGCUCCGGCUCGUCGAAUGGGCCAGCUUCUAUGGUGGGCGAUAUCUUUGGGAAGAGUUGGGCUCCUUCUCCAGGACCGAGUUCUGGUAUUGGAAUUGUGGAUAAAAACCCGAAUUUGUUUGGAGACCUCGUGGGCUCCGCUCUAGGUAAGGUUAAUAGUAAUGUUCCUCUGAAAAAUAGCACGCCGGUGUCAGCACAAUCGACUAAGAGCCCAUAUUCAAUGGGGAAUUUGGCAGAUUCAUUGCCGAAAACUGGCAAUUCAGCGAAAAGUGGUGGGAAUUGGGGGAAUUCGGAGAAUUUUGGGGGUUAUUCUAGUGGAUACAACAAUAGUAGUAAUGUCAAUAAGAGUACAAACCUUGGAGGUACAUCAACGCAAAGUAUGGCUGGCGCUGGUGGAGGUGGGGUGGGGAUGACUUCCAAAAAAGACCCAUUUGGUUCUUUGGUUGAUUUUGGAUCAAAACCAAUGGGUAGUCUUAAUUCAGCAAGUAAGGGUAGUAAGGUUAAUUCAAGGGAUGAGGCAUUUGGAGAUUUUCAGAAUGCUCCAAAAUCAAGUGCAUCUGCCUUUCCAUCAAGUGCCUUUCCUGCGAGUAAUUCCAUGGGUGGUAAAGUUAAUUCAAGGGAUGAAUUGUUUGGAGAUUUUCAGAAUGCUUCAAAAUCAAGCGCAUCCGCAUUUUCUUCAGGUUCCUUUCCUACCAAUAAUAGCAAUUCCAUGGGAUCAAGUUCAGGUUUUGAUCCGAAGAUGGACAGCUUUGGCAUUCCCACCCAGGAUUUUGGUUCUCAAAAUCAGCCUCCUGUUCAGACCUCCAAUGUUGAUCCGCUAGACAUGUUGUUUGCCUCUUCAGCUUCUGCUGGAACGGGUCCAACAGGGUCAGAAAGAGUUGGAGAGCAGCAGUUUUCUGAAGUUGAUGAUUGGGGGUUGGAUUCGGACUUUGGAGGAGGACAUGACAAUGGCGGUACCACCACUGAGCUUGAAGGUCUGCCUCCCCCGCCUGCUGGGGUUACAGCUGCCUCUGCAAAGAGCAAGGGACUGGAUAAUCACAAGCAGGGGCAAUAUGCUGAUGCAAUUAAGUGGCUUUCUUGGGCUGUAGUUCUUCUUGAGAAAGCUGGCGAUGAUGCUGGCACCAUGGAGGUCUUAACAUGCCGAGCUUCAUGUUAUAAAGAAGUAGGGGAGUAUAAGAAAGCAGUGGCUGACUGUAGUAAGGUGCUAGAACAUGAUGAAGAGAAUGUAUCUGUCCUUGUACAGAGAGCACUUCUCUAUGAGAGUAUAGAGAAGUACAAACUUGGGGCAGAAGACCUGAGGACUGUUUUGAAAUUUGAUCCUGGUAACAGGGUUGCAAGAAGUACCAUUCACCGCUUGACUAAAAUGGCUGAGUAGAGAGUUUUACAUUUUCGUUUGAUUUAGCUUCUUCAUUUAGUCAUAAGGUCAAUACCCUUUUCCCCUCUUACUAGAAAAAUUGUGGGGAACUAUAAUAUUUUGCUUGGAUAAGUGGGCAUUUCUGAUAGUUGUGGUCUUAAGGAGUGUUUUACAUAUAUCAUGUGUUGUAUUCCAUUUCAACCUUUGCUUGUGACUGGAAAUGAUUUUUGUUACUUCUUUUUUUUGUUCAGAAUUUUGAAUUUCAAGUGAUUGCAUUUCUUUUUCUUGUUUUGCA